CCACCUGACCAACCUGUGCCCAACACCCAGAUCACGGUCUCACGCUUUUCUUAGCCUGUCCUCCGGAAAACCAGUGUGAACAGGUGUGAGCUUGAUCCACGAAAGUACCCUAAUUAGCGAAGUUCCCCAUAGGUUGAAACAUAUGCGCCUACGCCCGGAACGGAUAUGUCCAAGAAUAACGUGUCUUCACAUCGAAAGAGGCGCAGUCCGUCCACAUGCCGACAGCCCAACUUGAAUAGCCCAUGUCUAGUUGACAAUUCUUUCCACCCUACGACUCCUUGCUUGUUGACCUUCUAGUGCGAUGGCCUCUGCUUCGGCCAGUCUCGUGCCCCAGGCUGUAAGCUCAGGGGAGCUUACGGACCUCGUUUCAUCUUCUACAUCUGCCACCGUUUAUCCCACAGAUGAUUCCAUCCUUGCUGUUCUCAGUGCUCGAUUUCGUGCUGAUUUGCCCUACACUAGACUCGGAUCCACAAACCUUGUGGUAGUCAAUCCUUACAAAACACUCGCCAACGUCAACGAUGCUAACGCGAAGGAGUACGAAGAGAGAUGCUACAAGGACACCAAGCUGGGCUUGGCAGAUUCUCGGAGACCACCUCAACCUCACUUGUAUGAGCAAGCGGCCAAAAUUUAUCUUCUUAUGAGAAGGAGGAACGAGUCUCAAGCAGUCGUCACCCGGGGAAUCUCAGGGUCGGGAAAGACCGCAAGCAGUCGCCUACUCGUGGACCAGAUUUUGCGCCUUUCAGCUCACUCCAAACGAGAGACCAAAAUUGUCGACCAAAUCAAAUCUUUCACACUGCUACUCGAGUCUUUCGGAAAUGCAAAAACGUCUGUGAACCCAAAUGCCUCGCGACACACACGCUACACGGAGCUCCACUUCAAUGAACGCGGGCGUAUCAGCGCCGCAAAGGUCAUUGCCUUCGGGCUUGACAAGUCCCGCUUGACUCGCUUGACACAUGAAGAACGAUCUUACCAUGUGUUUUACCAACUUCUUGCUGGAGCUACGCCACUGGAGCGUGACUACAUGGGGCUGGAAGGUCCCUCAGAUUACGCUCUGCUGGCAUCAUCCAAUUGCUAUCACUUACCUGCUGGCCCAUUUAGUGAUGACGGCAUCGCGAUGGAUGACUUGCGAGACGCCUUCAAGACCUUAGGCUUCAAGUCCAAGCACGUCUCGUCGAUAUUUAACGUGCUCGCUGCCAUCCUGCUGCUAGGCAACCUUCAAUUCGGGGAGGCUGAUGCACAGGACGUAUCUGCAUAUGUCCUCAACGUGCCAGCUCUUCAACAGAUAGCAAAGCUUUUGGGCGUUUCCUCCGAAGAACUCAGCGAUACGCUGACGUGCAAAACAAGCUAUGUGCGCAAGGAGUUGUAUACUGUGCUACUCGAUGUGCAGCAAAGUGCGGCACAGCGAGACCAGCUAGUUCGUGAUCUCUAUGCAAUUUUGUUUGCAUUUGUGGUGGAAACAGCCAAUUUCAAGCUAGCACCUGCCUCCCUAAACCCUUCAUGUUCCGCCACUCGUAUCGUGCUGCUUGACCAAGCGGGCUUUCAGACGCGGGCACCUUCAGGGUCGAGUGGCCCAACUCCCCUGAUCUCCGCUCAUCAGAAUGGCUUUGAUGAAUUCUGCAUCAAUUUCACCGAUGAAAUCGUGCAAUCCCACAUCCUUCGUAACAUUUUCGACGACAGUACAACUUUCCACAGUCGUCUGAUUGCUGAUGGAAACUCGCUACCGGCCAUCAUUGCUAUGGACAACUCAGCCUGCACCGAGCUUCUUCGGGGCCCAUAUACCACUGAGAAAACAUCACGGAAACCUGGUGGCCUCCUGGGUGUUGUUGACAAGGCCGUCCUGUCCUUCAAAUCAGGGCGUGCGGGCGAUCAGCGGAAUGAUGAGCUACUGCGGGAUUUGGUUGCCAAGUUUAGUGUGCACGCGUCUUUCGUUGCAGCACCGGCUACCGAAAAGAGGAGAUCUUUCGGGAUCAACCACUAUGCUGGUCCCUGUUCAUACGACAUCAGCGACUUCGUGGAGAAAGAUGCCGACCUGCUUGACCCUGCUUUCGUCACUCUCCUUCGCAGCUCGACUGAUGCAUUUGUCGCGAAGCUCGUGUCGGGCCCCAGCUUGUCUACGGAAAGGCACCAGAGCGAUGAGGAAACUAUCGUCCAAGCUCAAGUCUCUUCCCGCCCUCUUCGCAUGCUCACUCCUUUGGGAGAAAGUGCGGAUCAGAACCCUCGCCUAAACCCGUCCAAAAUCUAUCCCGUCACUACGCAGCUCAAUCAGACGCUGUGGAAUGUUUUGUCCAACAUCGAGAAUGUGCCAACGUGGACUAUCACGUGCAUUCGUCCCAAUGAUAACGGCUUCUCCAACUCCCUUGACAGGCGUCGCGUCAAAGGGCAAAUCAGGGCCCUGCUACUCCCGGACAUCGUGUCGAGGAAGCAGGUCGAGUUUGUUGCAGACUUUGAUCAGGCAGAGUUUUGCGACAGAUAUCGUCCUACUAUGCGCGGAUCAGAUGCUGAGCGUAUUCGUCAGUGCGCCCAAUCUAAUGGUUGGAGAGAGGGCAUAGACUUUGCGAUUGGGAACCAGAGGAUCUGGCUGUCGUACUCGGCAUGGAAGAUGGUAGAAGAUGUCGUGCGUUUCGAGGAGAAAGAGCAGAAGAAGCUUGCUCGCGAGGAUUCACAAGAGGACGAGAGCGCCAUGCUCGAUGAUGCCACAGAUUACCCUGGUGAUGAACGGCAGUCAGCGUACUAUGAUGAACCGCCUGCCACACCAUUCCACGAGCCAAAAACCCCUACGUUCGAUGGUAAUUAUGCUCCGUCUCAUGUUGCAGCUCCUAGUCACCGCGAGGAGUCGGGUUCCAUGACGUGGGACAGGAAGCACGAAACCUUUGAUGGGGCACCUCCCAUUAUGCCUACAUCAGCCAUCUUAUCCGAGAAUAACGCUCCUGAAAUGUUGGAGGAACAGUUGCCAACCACCCGAACCCGACGUUACUGGCUUUAUCUCGUCCGCUUCUUCACCUGGUUCAUUCCCGAUUUCUUGUUGUCGUGGCUAGGUCGUAUGAAGCGUCCUGACGUCCGCCUUGCAUGGCGGGAGAAAAUGACCAUCUGUAUCCUCAUCCUCCUAGGAAACGGUCUUGUCCUCUUCUACAUCAUCGUCUUUGGUGUCAUUCUCUGCCCGAACUUCAAGUACGCGUGGACAACGAACGAAGUGGCUCAACAUACCGCUACCAAUGACUACUACGUCUCCAUUCAAGGCAGGGUCUACGACAUCUCCAAUUUCGUUCGCGGUGACCACAGUGACAUCGUGGGAGAGGCAAGUAAUGGUGCGGACACCCUGGCGGGGCUCGCUGGUACCGACAUGACCAACUACUUCCCCCCUCCCUUAAAUGUGGCAUGCGCGGGUCUUGUCAGCGACCCGACGAUGAAAAUUACUCCCGAGAACAACACCCUAAUCUUGUUCCCGACAGCCAUGCAUUCCUCCGGAUCCAAUGCUCCGACAACUCCCACAGCUCUCGACAACCAGGACUGGUACACCGCAACCUUUAAACCAAAGAUCAAUCAGUAUCUCCUUGGUCCAUUGGUUUGGGAGCCAAGCGAUAUCUACUCUCAGGCUAAUCAAACCACGAAUCCGCGAACCUGGGCAAUUUACGAGAAUAGUAUCUAUGAUUUGACGGACUACAUCUACACCCUCAACACGAUCAAUCUUAACGUCGCCAAAUACAACUUCCUUGACCCGAACCUCGUUGCAGUCUUUGAGCAACAAGCCGGGCAGGACAUCACCGGCCCUUUGAACCAAGUCUUGGCCGCCAUGGGCACUGCAAACCGCACGGCGAAUCUGGACUGUCUUUCUAACGCCUUCUACUAUGGAGAGACAGAUUUCCGAUACACUCCUAGAUGUCAAGUGCAGAACUACCUUUUGCUUGUGUUCUCCAGUGUCCUCAUGGCCUCGAUGGCGUUGAAAUUCCUUGCUGCGCUCCAGCUCAAUACCAAGCGCUUCCCUGAGUUACUGGAUAAGUUCGUGCUAUGCCAGGUCCCUUGUUACACAGAAGGAGAGGACUCCCUUCGCCGCACAAUUGACUCGCUUGCCGGUUUGGACUACGACGACAAGAGGAAGUUGAUCUUCGUCAUCUGUGAUGGUAAUAUCAUCGGCAGCGGUAAUGAACGGCCGACGCCUGCCAUCGUUCUCGACAUCCUUGGCGUUGAUCCAGCGAAUGAUCCUGAGCCCCUGAUGUUCAAAUCGAUCGGAGAGGGCUCGCAGAAGCUCAACUAUGGCAAGGUAUACUCCGGAUUGUACGAAUUUGAAGGACACGUUGUUCCGUAUAUGGUUGUCGUGAAGGUCGGGAAGCCAAGUGAACGCUCGAAACCCGGCAACCGCGGCAAGCGUGACAGUCAGAUCAUGUUGAUGCAGUACUUGAACAGGGUGCACUUCAACGCACCUAUGUGCCCGCUAGAGCUCGAGAUAUAUCAUCAGAUGCGGAAUGUUAUUGGGAUUGACCCUGCGUUCUACGAGUACAUCUUCACUGUGGAUGCAGACACGUCCGUGACUCCCCAUUCCCUUAACCGUUUAGUGGCAGCCACGAUAUCAGAUUCCAACAUAGUUGGCAUUUGCGGUGAAACAAGACUCCAGAAUGAGGAGGGAUCCUGGUGGACCAUGAUCCAGGUAUACGAGUAUUACAUCUCACACAACUUGUCCAAGGCUUUCGAGAGCCUUUUCGGCUCAGUCUCAUGUCUUCCUGGCUGCUUCACCCUUUACCGCAUUCGCACCAAUGACAAAGGCCGACCGCUCAUCAUCUCCAACCGUGUUAUUGAUGAAUAUUCGGACAACAACGUGGACACUCUGCACAAGAAGAACCUGUUCUCCCUCGGCGAAGAUCGAUUCCUGACGACGCUGUUGAUGAAACAUUUCCCUACCUUCAAGACCAAGUUCACUCCGGACGCAAUUGCGCGUACCAUGGCGCCGGUAUCCUGGAGAGUACUGUUUUCUCAACGUAGACGUUGGAUCAACUCGACUGUUCACAACUUGUGCGAGCUUGCUGUUCUCCCCAACCUUUGCGGAGUCUGCUGUUUCUCGAUGAGGUUCUUCGUCUAUCUUGAUCUGAUCGGUACUUUGGUAAGAUCCUUUCAAAUCUUGAUUUGGCUGAUUAUCGAGGUCGCGACCGGACAAUCUCCGUUCCCUUUGAUUUCCAUAAUUAUGUUGGCAGCGGUGUAUGGUCUUCAGGCUCUCAUCUUUAUCAUUAGAAGAGAGUUCAUGCUUGUCGGAUGGAUGGUGGUAUAUAUCAUUUCGUACCCUAUUUACAGCUUCUUCCUGCCCAUAUAUUCAUUCUGGCGGAUGGACGAGUUCGGUUGGGGUAACACUCGUGUCGUACUCGAUGAUGGUGGAAGUAAGAAGGUCAUCACCACCAACGACAUGAAGUUCAACGAGUCAAUGAUACCGUACAAGAAGUUUAGUGACUAUGAGGCUGAAACUUGGGGUGACAAUCAAUCCGGGAACUCGUAUGGCUCGCCUCCUGAUCACAAUCAAGCAAGCUCCAUGUAUCUUUCUGCCCCUCAGCCACGUCUCCCAUCAGGUUCACAACGCCCGUCUGUCUACGAGUAUGGCCGCUCUGAGUCAGGAGAACACGACUACUACCGCGACACGAACAUGAUCCAUAGUAAUUCGUCACAUCAGAACCUACAUGGGCCUUCACGUCCGAGCUCUCGUGCUGUAUCUGACGCCAACCGCCCACCACCUCAGAUGGCCAACUGGAGAGGACCCUCGCAGGAAAGGAUCAACAUGUUUACGCCGACCAAUUCGGGUCCACAUGGGAGCGUUUAUGGCAUGACGCCGCCUGACUCACGAAUGACAUCUGGAGUUUUCAAUAACCGCUCCAUGUCCCCUGCCCAGAGCUUAGGUGUUCCUACUCAGCCUUUUAACGGAGGAAUGCGGACGUCUACGUUCUCUAUGGCCACGACUGCAUAUGCUGGUCCCAACCCCAAUCCUAACCCAUCAGAUGACGAACUGUACAACGCACUCAGGAACUUCUUGAGUACACAAGACUUGAUGACUGUUACAAAGAAGACAGCUCGUGAGGCUAUGGCGGCUCGCUUCCCCCGCGCAGACUUGAUGCCUCGCAAGGACUUUUUGAACCAAUCCAUUGACAAUAUUCUUUCGCAUUGAAUAAUAGAUACAUCAUUAGGACAACUUGCAAAAUUUCCGUUAGUGUAAGCAUUCAUUUCUGGGACAUAAUUACAGGUUUUUGGACUUAAUUAGCCAUCUGGACAUGUUGAUUUGGCGUCGCGUUCGUUUUAUUUGUAGUGCAUGCAUAUCAUUCGUUGCGUAGGUGUUGGAUAUUGUUGGACAUAAUAUGAUGACGACUUGGACUGUUGGAACCUC